AUGGCGGCGCGUCCUGCGGAGGUCGUGGUGGAGGAGAGGGAAACGGUGGUGAAUCUCCCGCCGGAAAUCACGGAGGAGGAGGGGCGGCAGCGCGUGACGCUGCGGUUCCUGGAAGGUUCCAGGAAGCCCGGGACGGGAGGAGGAGGAGGAGCGGAGGGUGCGGGUGGGGGACCCUCGGGAAUGACGGUGGUGCUGCUGCAUGGGCGAUCGUUUGAAGCCAAGACGUGGAAAGACAUUGGCACCAUCGAUCAUCUGGCAGCAGCAGGGCACAGAGUGAUUGCCGUUGACUUGCCAGGUGGCAAGGGUCGCACCAAGGACACUCUCUCAACCCGAGCAGCACACGAGGGCUUUAUCACUGUGCUGUGGCAGCACUUUGAGCUCACCAAUCGAUCGGUCCUUGUCUCUCCGUCUCUCAGCGGCCGCUACAGCCUGCCGUUUGUAGCGCAGCAGAGCCAGCUGAAGACCGGGCGACAGGCCACGGGCGGGCGGCAGGCCACGGGCGGGCGGCAGCUGGGCGGCUAUGUGCCGGUGGCGCCUGUGAUGGUGGACUCAUACAGCGAUAAGAUAGCAGGCAGCCAGGUGCGUGUGUGA